AUGCCGCAAUCCGUUACUUCGCACAUGUCUGCAGUGCAGGGGGCAGGGGAAACCGUCCGUGAUGGUUCAAAGCACCCCAGCAGUGAGAAGAAUGCCGUGAGACGUGAGAGGAUGGGAAGCAAGAGCGGGGUGGGGGAAGCAAGAAGAGCUGGGGAAGCACGAAGGUGGGUGGGAUGCAAGGAGGUGGGUGGGAUGCAAGGAGGUGGGUGGGACGCAAGGAGGUGGGUGGGACGCAAGGAGGUGGGUGGGACGCAAGGAGGUGGGUGGGACGCAAGGAGGUGGGUGGGACGCAAGGAGGUGGGUGGGACGCAAGGAGGUGGGUGGGACGCAAGGAGGUGGGUGGGACGCAAGGAGGUGGGUGGGACGCAAGGAGGUGGGUGGGAUGCAAGGAGCACCCACCCACACCCCUGCGGUCACCCAGGGAAGAAAGUAUGUGAGAAGCCAGAGGAUGGGAAGCAAGAGCGGGGAAGGCAAGAGCAAGAAGGUGAGUGGCGUGCACUGCUAUUACCAGCUGGUUGCCAUGCCACUGCUUAUGAGCGAGGGUGCAUUUGA